AUGGGACGCUACAUCAGGAAUCCCUACGUCGGACACGAAGCGAAGGCAUCGCAGCAGGUUACCAAUGAAUGGCUGGAGAACGCAAUAAGAACUGUUGCUGGGAAAAUUAUCAAUAGAGACAUUGACGACGAGGAGUUGGACGACUUCGGCCCUUACACGGGAUUGUCAGGUGUGGCUUUCGCAUUGGAAAGAGCAGGGCCUGUUGUUGGUUCGAGCGCCACUGCUUUGGCGGACCAGCUUUGGAAGCAUUGUACCAAUGGAUCGCGAAGAUCCUCCUCUAAACAGGCUCGCUUUUUGUGCGGUGAUCUUGGCGUAUAUGUAACGCAGAUGUGUUAUGCGGAUUUGAGAGAAAGUCUUGUUUCCAAAAUCGAGAAAUUGUCCGACGUCUUAGCUAGGGAAGACUAUCCAAGCGAUGAGAUUCUGGUUGGACGUGCAGGGUACUUGAGUGGUGUCCUUUGGAUCAGACAUACGAUCGAUUCUUCACUCGUCUCGAAUGACUGCGUACAAAAGGUGCUAUCAGCUAUGAUUCGCUCAGGCAAAAGGUAUUCUUCGCGUCAUAAAUCACCAUGCCCACUGAUGUACGACUACCACGGUACGGAAUACCUUGGUGCUGCUCAUGGACUUGCUGGGAUUCUUCAGACGGCAUUAGGUUUUCAUGACCUUCUCUCCGAAUCUGAUGAGCGUGCUGUUCGAGAAUCCGCUGACUGGUUAAUGUCGACCCAAGAUGAUGAGGGAAAUUUUGCAAGCAGCGUCAAAUGGAUUGGAAGGUGA